UGAAAAGGCAGAGACAGGAAGAGGUGUGGCAUCAUCGUCUUCCUCCUCUCUUCUUAUCCGGAAGUACACCAUGCUCCCGAUGUCCGUCCACCCCGCUACUACGCCGGCCCUCGCGUCGCGCCCCCGCGUCUCCCUGCCCAGACCUUCCACAUCCCCGUCCUCCUCCUCCUCUUCCGGCCUUGUUCCCCUCAAGAGCAGGAGGCUGCCCCUUCGCUCGCUCCGCAUCCUCGCCGCCGCCGCCGCUGCCGGCGCCGUCGAAGCGGGGGAGCCAUACGUCGGUUUGGGGGACGAGGAGCCACUUGGCGGAGAAGGAGAUGCGGAAGCCGUGGCGGAAAGCGAGGAGUACAAGGUGGAGGUGCCUGAAAAGCAGGACCCGAUGCUGGUGCUCAAGUUCAUAUGGAUGGAGAAGAACAUCGGCAUAGCGCUUGACCAGAUGGUUCCGGGUGUUGGCAGCAUCCCCUUAAGCCCGUACUACUUCUGGCCGCGGAAAGAUGCAUGGGAGGAACUGAGAGCGAAGCUGGAGGAGAAAGAGUGGAUCUCGCAGAAGCAGAUGAUCAUCCUUCUCAACCAGGCCACCGACAUCAUCAACCUCUGGCAGCAAGGCGGCGGCAGCUUGUCGACAUGAGCGGCUGUUCAGUGUCUUUCUUCUUGCUUUGUUGUUCAUUAAUGUUAAAGCCACGAUGCCACAUGGUACAUGAUCCUGUAGAUCGUCUCAAUCUGUUCUCGUAUGAUCCUGUUUGUGGAAAAUGAACGCAAGGGUGGAGUAUUUGGGUUGUGUUAUUGGCAAGGACGGUGUUUAAGAUGAUUUCCGUGAGUGGUUCCCUUA